GUCACACUAUUCUCCAUUAUAUGUUUAAUGCUGUCUUAUAAUAUCAUACUUUGUGUCAGACCUAAAUUGGUAGCGCAGGAGUCAGACAGAACAUCAAAAGAACGAUGGCCGAGCUCCCGAAAGAACUUCAGCAACUCUUUGCAUUUAUUGACGCAAAAAAAGGUGAUUACAUUGAAGCCCUAAAAACUGUUGUGGGAAUUCAGUCUGUUUCGGCGUGGCCCGAUAAGCGCGGCGAGAUUGAUAUCAUGGUAGACUGGACAGCGAAUCGACUAAAGAGCCUGGGCGCCGAGAUAGAACUGGCAGAUGUCGGUCAGCAGAAAUUGUCAAGCGGCCAGAUAAUUCCUCUGCCGAAGGUUUUACUCGGCACUCUGGGCAAAGAAGUUUCAAAGAAGACAGUGUUAGUCUAUGGUCACUUGGAUGUGCAGCCUGCCCUAAAGGAAGAUGGAUGGAAAACUAAUCCUUUCGAGCUUACCGAAGUGGACGGUAAGUUGUUUGGGCGAGGAUCGUCUGACGAUAAGGGACCCGUACUUUGCUGGAUUCACGCUAUCGAGGCUUACCAAAAGCUCAAUAUUCCACUGCCACUGAAUGUGAAAUUCGUUUUUGAGGGGAUGGAGGAGAGCGGCAGCGAAGGCCUCGACAACUUGUUGAUGGAACGCAAGAAUGAGUUCCUAGCUGGUGUUGAUUAUGUCUGUAUUUCUGACAACUAUUGGCUUGGGAAAAAACGUCCAUGCCUUACAUAUGGGCUCCGUGGACUAGCCUACUUCCAAGUAGAGGUGGAAUGCUCAAAUAAAGACUUGCACAGUGGAGUAUUUGGGGGCACUGUUCACGAAGCUAUGCCGGAUCUGUGUUACUUGCUUAGCGUUCUCGUUGACAAGAACACAAAAAUCUUGAUCCCUGGAAUUGAUCGUGACGUGGCUCCCCCGUUAAAAAACGAGCUAUCAAUGUAUGAGAGCAUUGACUUCGAUGUUUCUGAGUACAAAAAAGACAUUGGUGUGGACCAACUGCCGCAUAAUGGCGACAAAACCAGGCUGCUUCAAGCCAGGUUUCGUUUUCCCAGCCUCUCUGUCCAUGGAAUCGAGGGUGCAUUCUAUGAGCCAGGCGCGAAGACCGUCAUUCCGAAAAAGGUGAUUGGCAAAUUUUCCAUUCGCCUUGUGCCUGACCAAAACCCAACGCACAUUGAGGAGUGUGUUGUUAAAUACCUUAACGAUAAAUGGACUGAGCGUGGCUCACCAAACAAAAUGAAGGUAACUAUGCUUUCGGCUGGCAAACCCUGGACAGAGGAUCCAAACCAUCCGCAUUAUGAGGCUGCGAAACGCGCCAUAAAACAUGUUUUUGAUGUAGAACCCGAUAUGACUCGCGAGGGGGGAUCCAUUCCCGUAACAUUAACAUUGCAGGAAGCUACUGGCAAAAACGUCAUCCUUGUGCCAGUGGGAGCAUGCGACGACGGUGCCCACUCUCAAAAUGAAAAAAUAGAUAUAUACAACUACAUUGAAGGCACUAAGCUGCUUGGCGCCUACCUGCACGAAGUUGGAAAAUUAUAAAAACUAGCUGAUGAAAUACAACAAGAAUAUCAGAUUUAUACUCUUAUACUUGCAAAAAAAUGCCGUUAAAUAAAUAUUACAUUGAGCAAUUACUAAAAAUA